CCUCCCGCCGCUCUUUGACGCUCCCCGCUGACUCCCCCUCCAGCAGACCCUCCGCGCUACCACUCGGCACCCGCGCUUCGUCCCCGGCCUCCCGCGAAUCCGUGCCCUCAUCCAUCAUCAUCUCAUGAUCGCAAGCUCACUCAUCACGAUUCCCCGCCCUCAUCAUCAGCAUGUACCACCACCCCUGCCCAUAUCUAUUGCCUGCAUCGCGGCUCGCACCGCGUAUCGCUCGCCCCCAUCGCGUCUUGCAUCUCGCAUCCCGCUUGCUGCACCCAUCUGCCAAUCUGCUACCCACGAGCAGCGCGCCGCAUCCAGUGAUUGCAUGCCGAUCCUGGCUUCUAUCUGGACAGCCACCACUCGCGCCGCCGUAUACCCCCGCAGAAGAAGAUGGAGAAGCAGCAGAAGCCUCGGCUGGCAGCCGAUGUGCGGAUCCUCAUCACUUGGUCUCCGCCAAGGUGACUGUCCCCAAGCGCCUUCGCGAACUCGGCAUCAGGCUUCUCGAGCUCGCUAUCGCGCCUUCGCGAGCUCGACAUCGCCCGCCCACCUAGAGGCUAUAGCACUACCAAGCCUGCUCCUAGAGGCUACCGCAGCGCCAGACGCAGCGAGCGCAGGCACGCACCACCACGCACUGUACUUGUAUAUUUGUUUUCCUGUAUCUAUUGUGUAUUUCUAUCGCGUACGUGACUGGAAGUGCUAUCAGUAUCUGCAUGUCUCUGCUCCUCCAUGAAGUUCGUGGUGUUCUUUGAAUGUCGUCGAUAUCCUUCAAAGAACAUGCAUCAUGCUGUGAUCUUGCGUCCCUCGAAGCUCUUCGAGAACUUCUGGCGGUGUGGAAAUUAUGUUUGCCUCUUUGAUGAAGUUGAAAGGCG